ACGCGUGCGGUCCGUUAUUUUCCGGGUUGUGCUCAUCGCUGGCGGUAGUUGCCCAGCCUCAGCUGCCAGCUGACACUCGCGCUGAGUAGGUGAGGUCAAAUUGGACCGUCUCUCCCUCUCCUCCUCUCUCUCUCCGUGUCUGUCUGUCUGUCCGUCAGAGAGAGAGAGAGAGAGAGAGGCUGCUAACUAGCGCAGAAUCAUCACCAUCACCAUCAUCAUGGCGGAUCAAGGCGAAUCUCCGGCUCCUGUCCACCAUCCGCAACCAGCGCUGACAACCAGCUGGCCAAUUACCAGAGAUUCGUACGAGCUGCAGGAAGUUAUAGGCAGCGGGGCCACAGCUGUGGUUCAGGCAGCUCUCUGUACCCCCAGACAGGAGCGCGUCGCCAUAAAGAGAAUAAACCUGGAAAAAUGCCAGACCAGCAUGGAUGAGCUGUUGAAAGAAAUCCAAGCGAUGAGCCAGUGCAAUCACCCCAAUGUUGUCACCUACUACACCUCCUUUGUAGUGAAGGAUGAACUUUGGUUAGUCAUGAAGCUUCUGAGUGGAGGCUCUAUGCUGGACAUAAUUAAGCACACGAGCAAAGAUGAAGACAAAAAUCGAGCGCUAGACGAGCCUAUUAUUGCUACUAUAUUAAAAGAAGUCCUAGAGGGCCUGGACUAUCUGCACAGAAAUGGACAGAUUCACCGGGAUGUGAAAGCUGGGAACAUACUGCUCGGAGAGGAUGGAUCCGUUCAGAUUGCAGAUUUUGGAGUAAGUGCGUUCUUAGCCACAGGCGGUGAUAUGACUAGAAACAAAGUACGAAAGACCUUUGUUGGCACGCCAUGCUGGAUGGCGCCGGAGGUGAUGGAACAGGUUCGAGGCUAUGAUUUCAAAGCAGAUAUAUGGAGUUUUGGGAUCACAGCCAUAGAGUUAGCCACAGGCUCUGCACCCUAUCACCGCUACCCUCCUAUGAAGGUUUUAAUGCUUACCCUGCAGAAUGAUCCACCCACUCUAGAGACGGGCGUAGAGGACAAAGAAGUGCUAAAAAAAUAUGGCAAAUCAUUUAGAAAGCUUAUAACAAUGUGCCUUCAGAAGGAUCCUGCCAAAAGGCCUACAGCCGCAGAGCUUUUGAAGUGUAAAUUCUUCCAAAAGGCCAAGAACAAAGAAUAUCUGGUUGAAAAGCUUUUGUGUCGUGCACCAAAGAUUUCGCAGAGAGCAAAGAAGGUGAGGAGAGUCCCGGGCUCCAGCGGCCACCUGCACAAGACAGAGGAUGGAGACUGGGAGUGGAGCGAUGAUGAGCUGGACGAGGGCAGCGAGGAGGGCAAGGCAGCAGUGAAUCAGGGCAGGUCACGCAGGGUCAAGGACGCAGCCAAAGAUAAUGAGGAGAAUGCCAACAAUGUCCCUAUUGAAGGGUUGUCUAUUCAGCAUCCCCAGGUUGAACCGUAUGAUGAUGCACCCUACAUUCAAGGUGCUGUGAACAUGGUGCUGCGGCUAAGGAACUCCAGAAAGGAGCUGAAUGACAUCCGGUUUGAAUUCACUCCUGGGCGAGACACCGCUGAUGGCGUUUCCCAAGAGCUGUUCUCGGCCGGCCUGGUCAACGGGCACGACGUUGUUGUUGUUGCUGCUAACCUUCAGAAGAUUGUAGAUGACCCAACUACCUACAAAGUAUUGACCUUUAAGCUGGCGUCCGGGUGCGAUGACACGGAGAUCCCGGACGAGGUGAAGCUGAUCGGCUUUGCGCAGCUAAGUGUUAGCUGAUGCCCUCUUCAUGCUUGAAGCAGGUGAGACAGGGGAGACAGUUCAGGGCACAUAGACUGAGGAACACACCACCACUUCCUGCAAUUUUUUUCCCAACACCCUUCCUGAAAACUCACCCCCUCACCACCCGCCUCCAUCCCUCGCUCCUUUUCACCUUCCCUGAGGCCAAGCUUCACCACCGCCCCGCCUACCUCCUUAGCGCCGACCUCCCUGCUCCGAGUCCCCUGACCUUUAAAAUAGCAUUCCACCGCCCAGCGCACAGACCGGGAUCAGGAUAAAGCCCAGGAACCUAAAGAUGUACUCAGGUGGUGACAUAAGGUGAUUAAGAUGUAGCUUUGAAUGUUUUAUUUAUUUUUUUAUUUUUUUCUCUCUCUCUUAUUUUGUUCUAUUUGCGUUCAGCAAAGCUCUCAUUAUUUAUUGAAAUGAGAAGGUAUUUUUAUUUUAGUUUUCUCACGCUGUUCUGUUGCCACAGUGAAAACAAAUUUGCUUUGACUCGCAUCUCACAAACCCACUCAUUUGUGAUGUCUCCCUGAGGUCUUUGUCAGAAUGUGAAGUUUGGUUAAUUUAUGGGGAAAAGCACAUUUUCAUAAUAAUAUAAUGAAUGUCUAAAAAGAGAAUGAAUUGUAUUUCUGUCUCAAGAUGUGUUUUACAUUGACAAGAAGGGAACACUUUGCUUGAGAGUGCAGAAAACAAAAUGAGACCUGGAUGCUACUGUGUAUAAUUUGCUGCUCUCGACAAUGCUUCAAAAUGUUAGAGGUGCCUUGUUCAUAUUUUUUUCUGUGCCUAAGAAGGUAGUCAAUGAGUGAGACCACACAAAGAGCGGAACCUGCUGAUUACCAUUUCACAAAUGUGCUACUAUAACAGCAAUCACACAGUUCAAGUCAAAUAUCUUAAUGAGACAAGCUACAGUGCACUUUUGGGCCGAGUGUGAGCACAUGACAAGCGUAUGCUUAGCCCGUGGAGACAAGUUAACGUGUGCUUUUGUUAUCAGACACAUUAAACAUAACAGAACCUGUAGUCAAUUAAUCUGCUCUGGCUGACAUGUAUGCAGAUGCCAGGUUAAUAGACAAAGACACAGUAGUUUAAUUUUCUUGCUCUGUCCAGCUGCACUACAAAAACGUUUUGUUCCCAAAAAUACAGUAGUUUCUAAAGCGUACUGUAUGACAACGCAUCCGAGGAUGAAACCAAAAGGCAACUAUGGAAAGGGUGAUGAGCCAUUUGUUUGUCCCAACAAGUCCAGUCGUACUAAAUUAUUUUUAAGAACUGAGGUGGUAAAUAUAAACUUCUACUAAAUUCUUUAUUAUGGGGUAAUUUAUUGUGUUUUUUUAUGUACAGUAUGUGUACCAUUUCAGCAUAUAACCCCCCCCCCCAUUCCCUCUGUAAUCGGCUGAUGUCAGAUUUCUGACGAGGAGCAACAAUAAAGAAUUGCUAUUAUUUACAAACAGUGUGGAGUGUCAUAAUGUACUUAAUCAUAAUUUGAUGAUAAACUUAAUAUUUGAUUUUGAGGAAGAUGUUGAUUUCUUUAAACACUUGAUUUAGAAGAUAUUCACUACAGGCAUACAUCUACCACUGUUAUCUCUUGAAUUUUAAUUUUACCAUGGACUUAAAGUCAUGUCAGCUUUUUUUCUAUGGUCCAAUAUCACAGAUCACAAAUGUGCUUCAUCAGGCUUUAAAAUCUGUGCAGCACUCAGCUCCCUCUGUCAUCAGAGUCUCUAUUUGAACUGCCCGAAAACCCCUUAACGGGGAAUAAACUAAAAGGUUUAUUUUUUUUGGCUAUG